AUGCCGCCCCGAAAGAGCGGUGCCUCGACAGCCAGCGCACCCGACGCCAAUGGCGAUGUAUCCGUGGUCUCGAAUGCCACCACCAACAACGCCACGACCUCACCUACUCAGCACACGCACACGCACGCGCAUCCCAAACAGUCGCGGCAAUCAGGCGGAGGGUCAGGAAAGCAAGACGACGGUAUUGGCAUUGAUGACCUCCUCCUCCCGCGGUCGCUGAUAUCCCGGCUCGCGCGUGGAUCGUUGCCUCCCAACACGUCGCUCCAGAAAGACGCGCUCCUGGCGCUGACACGCUCGGCCACCGUCUUCGUCUCGUACCUCGCGCACCACGCCAACGAGCAGUCCCAGUUACGCCAUCGGAAGACCUUGGGCGUACAAGAUGUGUACGUCGCUCUGCAGGAGAUGGAAAUGGCCGGGGUCAUGGAUCUGGGCGCCGUCGGAAAGGACGGCCGACAGGGCGGCCGGUUAGAGCGGGAAGUCGCGCUGUAUGAGGAGAGCGUGAUGAAGAAGAGGAAAGGGUAUAGAGAGAAGGUCAAGGCGCGGGAGUCGGCUGGGGGAGAAGAGGAUCGGGGCGAGCCCGACAGUAAGAAAAUCAGACGCACCAGUGAAGAGGAAGAAGAGGACGAGGACGAGAGGAUGCUGGAGCAGCAGUUGAAUGGGACGGCGGCCGCCGAGGCCGAGGUCGACAGUCGGGACGUGAACGGAAACACGAAGAGCUCUGGAGACGACGCGACCUCUGUGGCUGUGGAGAAUGGGCUUGGUAACGGAAAGGAGAAGGCCAUCCCCCUAUCGCAUGGACAGGACGAAGAUGGAGACGUCGGCGAUGCAGAUGAUGCCGAAGACGAUGGUGCCGAUGGCGCUGACGACGACGACGACGACGAAGAAGAAGAAGAUGACCGGGAUGACGAAACGGAAGAUGACGAGGACGAGAACGAGCACGAGAACGAAGACGCAGAAGACGACAACCACGAAGCUGAGAACGAAGAUCUUGAUGACGCCCGGCUUACGAACGGUGGAAGGAGAGGCCUCCUGCCAAACGGCGAGGUCGAGAUCGAGACUGAUGAGGAGAGCGAUUGA